CCUGUCCCCCCCAUCCUCCCUUGGGAGCCGGAAUGGGAGCGCGGGAAGCCCUUUCUCUCCCUGGCGCCCAGUUCAGAACAGAGGCUUGGGCGGGCCGCUGGCCAGCUGUGCCACCAUGGCAGAGAAGGUGAACAACUUCCCGCCGCUGCCCAAGUUUAUCCCGCUGAAGCCGUGUUUCUACCAAGACUUUGAGGCCGACAUCCCACCACAGCAUCUCAGUAUGACCAAGCGCCUGUACUACCUCUGGAUGUUGAACAGCGUCACGCUGGCCGUGAACCUGGUGGGCUGUCUCGCGUGGCUGAUCGGAGGCGGGGGAGCCACCAACUUUGGCCUGGCCUUUCUCUGGCUCAUCCUCUUCACGCCCUGCUCCUACGUCUGCUGGUUUCGGCCCAUUUACAAGGCCUUCAAAACCGACAGCUCCUUCAGCUUCAUGGCAUUCUUCUUCACCUUCAUGGCGCAGCUGGUCAUCAGCAUUAUCCAGGCUGUGGGCAUCCCAGGCUGGGGCGUCUGCGGCUGGAUUGCCACUAUCUCCUUCUUUGGGACAAACGUCGGCUCUGCCGUGGUCAUGCUUAUCCCUACCAUCAUGUUCACGGUCAUGGCUGUCUUCUCCUUCAUCGCCCUCAGCAUGGUUCAUAAAUUCUAUCGGGGCAGCGGAGGGAGUUUCAGCAAAGCACAGGAGGAGUGGACCACGGGUGCAUGGAAGAACCCCCAUGUGCAGCAGGCAGCUCAGAAUGCGGCCAUGGGGGCAGCCCAGGGUGCCAUGAGCCAGCCACAGCCCCAGUAUUCCACCACCCCCAGCUACACGUACUCCAAUGAGAUGUGAGCCCUCCACACCCUCCCGGAGGCAGGGCCAGGGCAUGGGAUGGGUUCUUGAGCCACAUUCACAGUAGUGACCAAGCAGGGUUCCCUCUUCCUUUCCUCCUUCCCCUACUUUGUAUAAUGAAUCAGAGUUAUAUAUAUAUAUAUACACA